AAAUAGAAAAAUAAAAAUAAAAAUUUUACCUUUUUUAUUUUUACCUCCCAGUCCCAGGCCAACACUGAUCAGUAAAACUUCCUGCUAAGUCGAAAAGUCAACGGGUUUUGAUCGGGAAAAGGAAGGAGAGAGAAAAUGGCUUCGAGGGCUUCCUCCGAAAUCAAAACCCGCAAAACCCUGUCGGAUAUCUUCCGGCCACAACACCCAGCUGCUUCUGCUGCUAAGCGCUUGAAGCCCUCUUCUUUGGGUUUCUCGGGAUCCAAACAACCCCCCAAUCCCAUACACUGCCAGGGCGUUGCGUCUCUCAGCAAAUGCGAUGAUGAUGGGGGUGUUCUUCCCAUUCCCAAUGACUCCGAAUCCUCCCGCUCCUCCUCCUCUGCGCUCACUGACCAGCAAAUCUCGCGCAUGGAAUUUCACAGAUUGCUCGCCAAAGCCAAACGCAACCAGAAAACCUGUUCUGGUAGAGUUUCCAAGUGUAAAGGAGGUUCGGGUUAUGUGAAGCUACAAGAACUGCUGGUGGAGGACACAUGGUUGGAAGCGCUUCCGGGUGAGUUCGAAAAGCCCUAUGCAAUGAACCUCUGCAAGUUCGUUGAGAGCGAGAUAUGCGGUGGUGGCAUUCCCAUUUAUCCGCCUCCCCAUUUGAUCUUCAAUGCUCUCAACUCCACCUCAUUUGACAGGGUCAAGGUUGUUAUUCUUGGUCAGGACCCGUAUCAUGGUCCGGGUCAAGCGAUGGGUCUCUCGUUCUCCGUGCCUGAAGGGGUGAAGAUUCCCUCAAGUCUGGUCAAUAUAUUCAAGGAACUUGAGCAAGAUCUUGGCUGUUCAAUUCCUUCUCAUGGAAAUCUAGAAAAAUGGGCAGUGCAGGGAGUACUCUUGCUCAAUGCUGUUCUCACUGUUAGAAAACAUCAGGCAAACUCUCAUGCAAAGAAAGGAUGGGAGCAAUUUACUGAUGCUGUUAUUAAGACAAUUUCACAACAGAGGGAAGGAGUUGUUUUUCUCCUAUGGGGAAAUUCUGCUCAAGAGAAGAUUAGGUUGAUUGACACAUCAAAGCAUCACAUACUCAAAGCAGCGCAUCCUUCUGGGUUAUCUGCAAAUAGAGGCUUCUUUGGCUGCAGGCAUUUUUCUCGCACAAACCAGCUUCUGAAGAAAAUGGGAAUCCCUACCAUAGAUUGGCAACUUUAACCUUUGAAGACUUGCUCUAAAUUCUAGCUCAUUUUGUGUGGGACACUUUUUGAGGCCAAGCUAGAUGAUAUGGUUUUGCCUUCUUAAAUGGUAGAUCCAUUAGCCCUAACUCUAUCACUGAUACAUAUCUUUUGUGUUUUAUCACUUUCUAUGAAUCUUUUCUAAUGUUUAAUAGUGAUGGAGAAUUACCUGUUCCAAUCAA